AUGUCGGACACUCGAAAACCGCAAGCGUCCGGUGCGGCCCUCAGGUCAUACUAUUGCCUCUGUGGCGACUUUGUCCUCGUGUUGCAGGGCAAGCUCGACCGCCUUCCUCAACGAAAGACCGACGGCGCCUACAUCAUCCGCACCCAGCCCUCCCCUUCCAUUCCAGCAAGAAAGUUCAAGCUCGCUGCCGUGCCGUCCGAACGUAUCCUCCUCGAGCGCGUGGGUGGCACUGAGAUCCGACAAGGAUUUGUCUGUUCACGGUGCCGGACACCUAUCGCGUACCAGACCACGCCACCGCCCGCCGGCAACGCGCCGUUCCUGUACAUCCUUAAAGGUGCUGUGACCGAGACGCAGGGCCAGAUACCACCAGACGCCUUCGAGGGUGAGCGUGCCGCCGUCGUUGUUUCCAACCUCGCUUAA